AUAAUUGAACCGUCUCUCUCCUGAUUCCGGAUACAACAAUCACGUUUUUAAAACAUUGCUCUACACGACUACAUGCUCCAAAAGUCCAAAUGGUCAAAGAGAAAAGAGAAAGAUACAAAAUUUUGAUUAUAUCCGGCGGGAAAUUUCGAAACCUCACUAGGAACUCGGAAGCGGACUUUCUUCGAAAUCCAGAGAUAGAGAAAGAGGAAGAGAGAUCGAAGAUGGAUGGCAGUGAGAGCGAGACAAUAUUUGAUUCAUUGAACCUCAACCCGCAGCUUUUCAUCAACGCCGCCCUAAACAUCGUCGACGAAUUGAUCCAAAGCGCCUUUGAUCAUCUUCACCAGGAGGCGUCAACUCAACUCAAGGUUGAUGGUUCAGAUAGGGCUGAAGAUUUAACCAAGGGUUUGGAUUACAUCCGAAAAGCAAUUCGAUCUUCCUUGGACAAGCGAUUGACUAUGUGGGAGAAGUACUGUUUUCUUCGCUUAUUUGUGGUUCCAGAAGGAUUUUCACUGCCCAAAGAUGACGAGGCAUCUGUUGGUGAUAUAAUGGAUGUUGAUGUUGUUGGACUUGGUAUCCCUGAUCUUGACUCCCAAUUAGUUUCCAUGAGAACUAAACUUACUUUGGCUGAACAGGAGUCUGUUCAAUUGAAGAGAGAGAUUCAAGCAUUGGAAAGACAAUCUGCCAUUAACAACCAUCAAGUAACUGCCAUAAGUGAAUUGACAAAGCUAUCUGAGCAAAUUUCUGAAAAUGAUGCAUUCCAAGAGCUGCAAAAACUUGCAGCAGAGUUACACACGAAAGUGGAGAAGUUAAAGACCGAAAGAGAUGAUGAAACUCAAAGUGCUAGGUUCCAGAAAUUACAUUUAUGGAAUGAAGAUUUGUUAAAGAUAAUUGGUGGAAAUGUUCUCUCCAAUGCAAAGCCAGAAGAAGUUGAAGGAUUUCUUGCAGGUUUCAACACUCGUUGAACUUCUGCAAACCUGUCAAUGUCUUGUCAGAAAGAAUUUGCUUUUUUGCUUCUGUGUGUAUUAAAUGGAUCAAAUUUAAAAACAAAAAAACAUCAAGAAAUGCAUAUGAAUUUGAUGCUUUUCACUUCUAUGAAGACCAUGAUAACCCUAAAAUACCCCUAAUGGUUACUUAGGCAAAGAGCUAACUUGGAUUGUAACUUUGAUAGAACUAUAAAUUAAUAA